GGCGGCCCCGCCCUGGCCGGAGCUGCUGCCCGAUCCUCGCCGGCCGUCCGACCCUGACACUAUGUCACAGGAAGCGUGAACACGUGCCAUCUCCACCAUGGAGGACCCGGGAAGGACCUUCGGCUCCCAGGAGGAAGAGGCCACCUAUUGGAAAGACCUGGCGAUGACCUACAAGCAGAGGGCAGAGAACACGCAGGAGGAACUCCGGGAAUUCCAGGAGGGAAGUAGAGAAUAUGAAGCUGAAUUGGAGACCCAGCUGCAACAGAUUGAAACCAGGAACCGAGACCUCCUGUCUGAAAACAGUCGCUUGCGGAUGGAGCUGGAAGCCGUCAAGGAGAAGCUGGAGCUGCAGCACUCGGAAGGCUACCGGCAGAUCUCAGCCCUGGAGGACGACUUGGCGCAGACGAAGGCGAUCAAAGAUCAGCUGCAGAAGUACAUCCGGGAGCUGGAGCAAGCCAACGAUGACCUGGAGAGAGCCAAGCGAGCCACAAUCAUGUCUCUUGAAGACUUUGAACAACGCCUGAAUCAAGCCAUUGAAAGAAAUGCCUUCUUGGAGAGUGAACUUGACGAGAAGGAGAAUCUUCUAGAAUCUGUCCAGAGACUGAAGGAUGAAGCCAGAGAUUUGCGGCAGGAACUGGCAGUACAGCAGAAGCAAGAGAAGCCACGGACACCCAUGGCCGGUGUGGCGGAGACGGAAAGGACCGACACAGCAGUGCAGGCCACGGGCUCCGUGCCCUCCACUCCCGUGGCCCAGCGAGGCCCUGCCUCUUGUUUAAACACACCGGGGACGUUCAGAAGGGGUUUAACAAAAGAGGGAACAGUCCCCAAAGUUGAUGUCCUGUUUCCCGGCUCAGGAGUAUUCCAGGAAGCUCCCUGGUGCUUCGGAGCCUGGGGUUCUGCCCUGGAGUCGAAGCUGGCGUCCUGUCGGAACUUUAUGUACGAUCAGUCCCCAAACCGGACGAGUGGCCCAGCCUCGGGGCGGGGGAGCAAGAGCAGAGACAGCGGUGACCGGCGGCCCAGUAGCGCCAGUGUACCUUUGGGGGAGAAAGGGUUGGGGAAACGCCUGGAAUUCGGGAAGCCGCCCUCCAGCCCAUCACCUGCGCUGCCGUCCGCCCAGGGUGUGGUCAAGCUGUUGCUUUAGGACCAGGGAGCCGGAGCCCCAUCUGUCUGCCUGCCUGUCUGUCUGUCUGUCUUGCGUUUGACACCUCCCGCCCUGUCCACUCACCUUCCUGCCUGUCAGCUUUUUUACUUCCUUCCUAGAGAACUAAGAGCCAUUGCUCCCUAGCUCGCCCUGUGCUGUGUGGCCCAAGUCCGUCACUGCGGGCAUCAGUUGUGGCCCUGGUUUUGUCCCUGUGAACAAUGUCACCAUCCCUACUUGCUGUCUGCCAGGCCCCAGGGAAGGUUCCAGGGCAUAGGUAGCCACCCCAUCAUGGGCCCCCGAGUCUAAGGUCCCCCAUUUCCUGCAGAGGGACGUGUGCUUCACAUCCCCCACCCCCUUUUCCUCUCCCAGGCUCCACCCAGAGGGAUCUGCCUUCCAGAACAAACCAGCCCCCCAUGGGGUGUCGUGGCCCGUAUAGGAGUGCGGUGCGAAGGAGGCUUGGUCGGUGUGGGCUCUCUUUGAACGCUCCUGCACCUCUGGUACUUGAGAAUCUGCCUCUCACGAGGUUUGUGGACGCAUGCUUGACCGUGGUACCCAGGCCCAUGGGGACUCUGCACUCGGCCACCCUGGCUGUCCCAAGUGGAAGGGCAGCGUGGCAGCAGGACUCAGCCGGGCAGGUGACGCGCCGGCCCAAGAUCCCUUGCCCUGGGCCUGCUGGCUCUGCGGCCCCGGGCUCGGGAGCCAUGCCAGCGCCCUGCCCUCCCCAGCCUUGGGACACAUACAUGUCACAGCACAUGCGCGCUGUCA